CACUUGUUGAGCUUGAUCCACCUACAGGGCUGCAAGCAAACCCUCACGAUGGAUAUCACCGCUGAGACAUUUGUCUUUCAUCUUCCGAGACUCCUAGAUGACUUGGCAACCUGUCACUUUGUGUCGAUAGACUGCGAAUUCUCUGGGAUCCCGACCGCCAAUACCUCACCAUCGAGUGGGAAAACCACGCUUCAACAGCGGUAUGAUGAAUACAGGACAUGUGCCGAUAAGUACAGCAUCGUGCAGAUCGGUCUUACUGUUGGCCAUGAAGAUACCAAAAAGGCAACGUAUACUCUCCGGCCUUACAAUCUAUACCUCAAUCCGACUAUCGACCAAAAGUUGGAUGUAGAACGGGAUAUAUGCUUUCAAAGUAGCGCCAUGGAGUUUCUCCUCCAGAACCAGUUCUCUUUGAACUCCAUGUACAAGGAUGGAGUCCAAUAUCUGUCUCGGGAGGAAGCGGAUCUCGCUAUGACCAAAGCUGCGGCGAGAUUCAACCGCACGCCGUCUCGUACGGUUUUGGAAAUCAAAGAGACCGAGUAUGACUCUAUUGAGUUCAUUGCAGCAGCCCGGAAGUUGGUUAAAGACUGGCUUGCUCUUGGUAAAGCUCGUGAGCCAUAUCUCAAUAUCCCGCCACCAAGUGGCGAUGCUGUGAGAGCGGACAGCACGAUGCCGUCAACGCUGAACAACUACCAAAAGAGACUCGUGCAUCAGCUCAUAGAGGCGGAAUACCCAUCGCUGGUAACCAUUGGCCAACCCACCUUCAUCCAGAUUAUCGACUACGAUGAAGAGCGCGAGAAAGCCGUCCGGGACCAACGAAUGAAGCGGGCCCGAGAACGGAUCUCCAAACAGAUUGGGUUCAGAUGGGUAGCAGAGGCGUUGGCCGGAGGCGAUCUCUCGCAUCUUGACCCGUACUGUUUCCGCAGCACGAUGUCCACCUCAACAGCUGUAAAGCCGCAGGCCUCGCUCAGGCAGUUUUCGGACAAAAUGAAACAGAAGCUGCAGUCACACAGGCCCGUACUGGUUGGCCACAAUCUUCUCAUCGACUUGGUAUACUUCUGCCGGUGCUUUUUUGGGCCGCUGCCGGACAGCGUGCAGGAUUUUCAGACCAUGGUCCAUAAGAUGUUUCCCGUCUUGGUUGAUACUAAAUAUUUGGCUACGCAUCAAUGCGGGUCUAUAAUCCCUCGAUCCUCGUUGAGCGAGAUCAAUGAGACGCUGUUGCAGACAGCAACCCCAAAAAUCAAAAUACACCAUCAGCAUGCUAAAUACAAUAGCCGGAAGAGCGAGCACGAAGCAGGUUAUGACAGUCUGCUCACGGCGCAAGUUUUCAUCAAGCUUUCCGCCCAACUUCGUGACGGCGGCCUGUCAGAAACAGCCGAGCCUUCCAAACCGCAAAGACAACUGCAAAAAGAGAGUUCGCAGCAGAAACGCAUUGAACCCCAAGAAACCGGUCUUUCCACAAGGUUUGACGUGCUUGGAAUUGAAGAGGCUGGAGACGUCGACGGCGAUCUUGCCCGCGAGGACGAAAAAGCCCAGCGUGACGAAGCAAGCAAGAAAGCCGGCCAAGGGCAGUUGAUUCCUCGGAGCGGGAACGAAUUCUGGCAAGUCUACAGCAACAAACUCCGGGUGUUUGGCACGGAGGAGAGUGUUUGCUAUGUUGGGCAAUCGUAGACAUGAUAUCAGCGAGCACCCAUUGGCCAUGCCCGAAUUGAUCUCUACAAGCAUUUGCACUACAAUUAGAUAAUCCAUCCACCUAGGAAGGAAGGCAUGUAUGCAGCAUCUAUCUAACAGUACACCUUGGAAUGAAGAAGGUACUGCUAGCGAAAUAGCCGCUCUGCUCGUUCUGAGCACCGGUAAAUGAUCGACUGGUCGUGGAGUAGCAUAACGCAGUGAUGAUAAGGAAA